AUGAACAUUUCAAGCGGGAUUGCUGAUUAUUUGAGUAAAGUAAACUAUGCAAACUGGAACAUUAUUGAUUGUCUUAAAUUUUUGGAUAAAAAUAAUUGCUCUGGGAUAGUAUCUGAAAAUAAAAAAGAAAUUUUAAUAGAGUUCAAGAAGCAAUUACAUCCAGCAUCUGUUAAUCAGUCAUUAAACAAAAAAGCCCGUGAUAAAGUAACAAAACUUUACAAAAAUGCGGAGAGGAACUUUGAAUUCAAAGAAAUUGCAUGUUUAUUUAAUGAUAGAAUAAAAAAACAGCGUAAUCAAAAAGAUUCCACAUUUGAACUUUUAACAAUGGAAAGCCUAAAUACAGAUGAGAAUUUGAUUAUCAGAAACUUUAAAGUUAGAGAAUCGCUAUUGAAUUGGAAAUUGAAAAAUAAUCUAUUUCGUGAUGAUUUUGCAUAUUAUGACAUAUUAGAUCUCACUCCAGACACAAAUAGUGAUUUUGUUAAAAGCUAUUUGUUACCAGAA